CAACAUUCAAAAUAUGUCGUUUUUCGAGGGCGAAAACCUCCAAGUGGGGGAAAAUUACCCAGCAAAUGGGGGUGGACCAACUCCGCCUUCGGGAAUUCCACCUAAUCCUUUUGGUUUCAACAUGCAAUUGCCUUCUGCUUCGACGAGCAGUCCACCAUCGCACAACUUCGUGGUGUCGGGCACAGGACCUGCAUCGUCGUCGACUGCUAAUAUUUUUCCAAGCGGUGGAAAUUACAUCAAUCAGCAGCAUGUGAAUGGGAUGAAUGCGUUUGAAUAUGCGACUGCAGGCCCUAGUACCGACGUCAACAAUCCAGCCUUGUCGCAAAUGUGGCCACACAGAUUUGAUAAUGGGCAGCUUGAAUCUGGAGGAUUCGAUGGGAAUGCUGCUUCAGAACUUGGAGUUCCUCAUGGAGGUCGGUCAUUGCAAACCUGCAACUAUAAUGCCUUUAGCCAAAACCAGACGGGUCAGUGGUUCGACAGUGGGAACAAUGGAAGUUGUGGAUCGACUUUUUAUCCCGGACCUAGAACAAUGUCCACGGGGCAUCGACCGGAACAAAUGCAGCAGCAGCAUAAUGGUGCUGAGACCCCUAAUUAUACCUCUUUUGGAGGAUUUGGCGCACCAGCAAAUCCAAAUCUGCAACAAAUGAAUCAAUACGGACCAGGUGAUGGAGGUGGUUUUAGUGCCUCGUCUUCGACGCAGCCAGGUCGUGGGUAUAGAGACUUUUAUUCAGGUGCCAAAAAAGGAUCGUCAUUUUCAUCCUCACAGCCUUCUUCUGGGUGGCCCACAUAUAAUCAGCAAGGUGGAAAAGACAGAUCUAGAAAAGCCAAAGGAGGAAAACAAGCUCUCAUGGGUUCUAAUGGAAUAUCUGGACAUAAGAACGGAUAUCAUAGCGGUGGGGUGUCCGCUGAUAGUAUGGCAAAACAUGGGUCGAAUUCAUUUGACUCCGGAUUCCGCGGCAAUGAGACUAUGGGACUUGCAACGUCAACUCUGCCCAGCGGCCAGAAAAAGGGCGGAAAGAAAGGCAAAAGCGGCACCACAUCCAAAGCGCAGAAGCAGCAGCAGCCCUCUUUGUCCAGUAAGCAGCAUACCGGAACUGGAGAACCAAAGCCAGUAUUGGAAACUCCAGGUAAAACUACAACAGCUCCUGGUGUUAUAGAACCAAAGGAACCCAAGCCCAACAAGAGCAAAAAGAAGCGAAAUAAACAAGGGAACAAAGUACUCGAUGCUAAGCCCGGGCCCAAGCCUACAAAACCCGAAGUAGAUCCUAGCCUUCCACGACCAACCCAUCCCAACUCUGAGGUCCUUAUCCCGACUGAACUGCAGCUAGCCCUCCAAGAACAGUGCCUGUAUUGGCGCGUGCGACAGAGAUUACUUAGAAUGGCAGAACGCGAGAAAAUGGCUGUAGCACUAGCGGACGACGACGAAGACGAACAAGGCACUCGAAGAACAAGCAAGCGUCGAGUCAUUCCUCAAGAAUAUGAAACGCUUCUACGUCUAGGUAGAGAAGUUAGCCCAGAGGCACAGGAAAUGGCUCUGCGGAAGAUUGUCGCACUACUAAUCAUACGAAUGGCAAAAGCUUCUGGUAUUGAAAAAGUUGUAAGAAGACUUCAGGAGGAGAGGGAGCAGCUGAUGGCUGCUCAUGCUUCUAACGGUGCUGCGCAAGCAGAUGAUCCGAGGAGGGAAGUUUCUGCGAUGAAUGCUUCUGGAGAACAAGAAGGUGUUGAUGUACCUCGUCUUACUGCGCAAGAUGGAGAAGCCGGAACGCCUGAAGGAAAGACGGGCAAUCCCCAGGACAGCGAUGCGGCUCGGAAGGGUGUGGUAGAAAAUUCGACUGUGGCCGUCAGCAUGAAAAAAUGGACGUCUCACGCCUCUAGAGCAAUCGAACGCGUUCAGCUACGAGUGCUACUGCGUCUUCGAGAGCUGGUCGUGCACACGGCACUUCUAAAUGUCGAAGUGUGCAGUGCUUGUCGAGUGCUUUUCAUUGGUCACUUAUAUCGACCGACGUUGUUGAAGAAGAUACUUGUUCUAGGUGGAGGUGAAUCGAGUAGUGCCAGGAGUAGCGCAGAAGUGGAUCAAGUAGAGAAAAGCGAGCAGCAGGAGAGAGAAGCUGUAGCGGGUCAUGCUGAGAAAAGUCCUUCGCGACCUUUUCAACAAGAGCAGCCAAGAACCAAGCAUUCACAACAAGGACAAACCUCGCAGCUUGUAGCUUCAUCCCCGAGUUGUAAGAUGAAGAGGACCCUAGUAGCAAAGGAGUCAGCAUCACCAGAAAACCCAUCAGACGGAGGAAGUUCUUCGUCUUCGGAAGAUGACGAUGACGGUUCAUCUCGGUCUGGAUCAUCCUCUUCAUCUUCAUCAGGAGACGAACAAGGAGAUGAAGGGGACUGUACAUCGUCUGACGCGAGUUCAUCGUCAAUAAGCAGUGCAGAAAUAGCUUUGAAAAUACGGAAGCGAAAGUUGUUGUUGCUGAAGAGGAAGAGGGCUUUGGCUGACAAAAGUGCGAACCUUGGUUCUGUGGAAGAAAAGUUAGAUGCGAAAGCGAUGAAUGGUGGUCAACCGAAAGCUCCUUCUGCUAAAGAUGAAAAGUCAUCCUCAUCAAGCGAAGACUCAGAGUCAUCUGAUAUUAGCCCAUCAGAAGGGGAUGACGGAUCGGGGCCUUGUUCAUCGUCCUCAACUUCCUCUUCUGGGUCAGGAUCUUCCUCAUCAGAUGAAGACCUCCUCGUACGCAAACGGAAGCUGUUGCUUCUGAAAAGAAAACGGGAACUCAUGCGAGCCAAAGAGCAGAUGCGGAGUAAAGCUCCGGAAGCCGUACAGUGCGUGGUUGAGGCUUCUUCGUCAAGUACGAGAAAAAAGAAGGAGGACUACGCCACACCAGCAGAGAACAAGUUUGCGAAUAAAACUACUGCUUCCUGCUCUCUCUCCAACAUGGAGCCUGGACUCCAAACAACUCGAAAACAACGAAGAAAAAGGAAAAACAAGAAGAGAGGUGAAGAGCUGUACACCAAAAGUGCUCGCCAACGCGCUGACGAUGAGAAAAAUGCCAGAGAAGAAGCUGAACUGCGUGAGCUUCUUCAUACUUUCAUAGAUGGUAUGCCAGACGGGUACUUUAGAGAGUGGCUUGGCAGGCAAUUGGGCAGUAGUUUUGUUGAUGUAGAAAUGGAAGCAGGGACGAGUAGAGCAGGGGUGCCUCCUGGUGAAACAGAUGUUUCCUCGUGCGGUGAAGGAAAAGCUUUGCAGUCACCACGCAACAGCAACUCAUUUUUGUCAUUCACUUCACGAAGCUUUUUCCAGCAGGUCAUGCUUCCUGCAGCAAGUGACGAACAAGAGUGGACUGCCAAAGAAAACAUCUUGGAAGAUGAGGCCAAGAACAGGAAGGAUCUGCUUACUGCGACUUCUCAGGAAAACAAGGUCGAGCCUGAUCAAGAAUCAAAGACAAGCCAAUUGCAUCAACCUGUUGUCUUCAGCCCACACCUCGCUGUCCAUGACGUCGUCUUCUACAUGUUAUACACGAUUUUAGAGCGCGGCCGGUUCCGCCGCUUCACUCAGGGUCGCACAUUUCCUGUCGCUGUGUUGUUGACACGACUGCUGAUUCGGACCUGUUCUUCUGGUGAACAAGACUCUCAACCCCAAUCUUCAUCAACAUCUUCAACAUCAACCUUUUCCUCUUCCCUUCAAACUCUAGUCCUCAUGAACGUUCAAUUGACGGACAGUGUCGGCCGAUGGUUGCGUGUACUAGCCAUGGCUGUAAGGCCACAACAACAACUUUACGUUGGUGGAAAAGCUGCUCAGGAGGUGGAUAAGAUGAUCACUACAGGAGCGAAUGAACCGAGUCCGGCGAGAGAUGGCAAGGCUGUUGAAGAUGUCGUAGUUGUCGAACAGCAAAAACAAGCUUUGGGAUUUUUGAUACGGCCACAGAAUCAGAAGACACUACAACUACCUCCAGAAUCACAGAAGUUCAUUAACGAACUGCGGACCAGUUUUGACAGAUGCUUGGUCAUUCUCUACCACGACUUACCUAAAAUGUUUCAAGAUGGAAACAGAGGUACCACUUCAACAACAGGUGCCACUAGUACUGCAUCUUCUUUCGCACAUAACAAGGACCUAGCGAAACUCCAGGCCUCCCUGAAAAGUGCAGUUGCCAUAGAGGACUUUGUGAGAGCUGCGGAGUUGAAAACGAAAAUCCUGGAGUUGAAGGAAAAAUCGAUGCAACUGGUGCAGAGACUUCAGCACUUGUUUGUGGACACUGAGGUGGAAAGUUUUUUACAGCGGGAAGCAUUAGGAUUCGACUCCUUCGGAAAACGCGCGAGAGUUCUGUUUGGUCUGUCAGAGGAGCACGAGCAACACCAACUGGAACACGAUCAAGUAGAUCCCUCUCCGGACGCCGUGCUAUUAAGCUACUUUGCUGGGAACGACGCACACGCGGCCAUGUCUCUACGGAAGCGCGUUUUAGACAAGAUCCAGAUGGAUGCUGGGGGAAGUUCAGACUUCUUGAAUUUCCUGCUCCAAAACCAAGUGACACUGCGGAAACGGAGCGAGGAGAGGCAGGCUCAAGUGUUUUCGGGUUUAUUGGAAUCUUCCGGUCGUCCCGGUGUGGUUACAUCUUCAAAGACCACUGACGUAGGGCCAACAACUUCAUUGAAGAAGGUAUCAGGAGCUUCAACAGGAGUAGACAAGAAUGUUUGCGUUCUCGGUGCAGAGGCAAGCAAGAAAUGGUCAGAAGGCUACGCGCACACAAUGACUCCAACGUCUUCCUCCACUCCCUUGAAGCUGUCUUUUUUUCUCCCAGCUCCGGGUGAAAGCUGGGAGUGGCGUGCCAACGCUUCCCAUGUUGGACGUCGUGACGCUCUCGCUCGUAUCGCGACCUCCGCCGCCUAUCUCUCCUUUGGCAUACCAAAUCUCAACGUGGAAAGCGUCAGUUUCCUGUUUGAAGAUGGCGCGGCCCUGAAAUUCGACCCCAAAGAGCUGGUGAAAAAAGUUCCGAUUCCCUCCGAAGCGAAAGUGAUAUCGUGGUUGGCGAAGGUGCCACGGUUGAAUGACAAGAGCUUGGGGACGAUGGUGAAGGAAGAGUUGGAAGGACGCAGCGGAAAGAAGGCGGCGUCUUCAUCUUCCUCUACAACAGGUCGACGAUGCUCUUCUUCCGUCGCCCUCUUCCUAGACGAGAACGCUCCGAUGUUGAGCAGUGUACUACUUGCGAAACCUCAACAAGAGGAAGCAAGCGCUGCUUCCAUGAUGAUCAACAACAUCGAUCAUUGUUUCGUUUUUCUUGGAGCCGUGCGUGACAUCACCAAUGCAGAAAGAAAAGACUCAGAAAGAGCACUAGAAGAAUGCGGUGUGCCUUGCUUGACUUGCAGUCUAGGUUCCCGUGCUGAGUUUACUUCGAAAAUGAUCGAUCUGCUUCUCAGUUACACUGCCUAUGGACAACUGCUAAAGAGAGCAUUGGGGGAGAUACUUUUGAUGAAUGCAGCUUAUGGGGUAGAUCAAGUCGCUGCAGACACUCAAGAUCAACAAGGUGUUGCUAGGAUCACGAAGAGAAAGCAGCGAAUAAAAUCCUAUCGCGUGGCCGCAGCUUUGCUUGCUCGUCAGCAGAGUAUACAGUAUCAGGAGGAGAUCAAGACGAGCAUUACGGAGAGGCCUGAGACAAAGAGCAAGAAGGGUGCUAAAGGAAAAGCACAGGAGGCAGCUGUACCAGUUGUAGAACAUCAAACGACAACGAAAACACCGACAACAGACGAAGCGCCACCUCUGAAUAUCGUUUUAGGGCUACUGGAUCUACGCAAGGAGGAUUGCAUCUACCAUAUUCACAGGGCUUGCAUCUCGCAUCUCUGGAGAUCUCAUGGUGCCAAUGAGAGGAACCGUCUGGCGUUCUUCAAUAACAAUGCCCACAAUGCUGCGCUAGCUGCCGUGGAAACACAGGGAGGGGUAGCUGAAGCUGUUGCAGGAGGUCAAGGAGCUGUCCUCGUGUCCUCUUCUUCAACAGGGUCUUCUUCUAGCAGAGUCAGGUCUGAUGGUGAUCACUUUGCGAUCGGCGCGAAGAUAGUGACGAACAUGAACAGACAGCACAAGGCUGCACCAACCGAAGCGAAUAUGUUCCAAAUGCUGUAUUGCGCAGCAAAGGAUGGAAAACACGCAAGGUUUACAGAGAGGCUACAGAAUCUGCUGUUGUUAUGGAGGAUCGUGAGUUUUUGUUGUACUUGUACUUCCAAUAGAAAAAUUUGAAUUGCCCUUCUCGCUCAUCUUCUUUGUGGAUCAGUUUUUACUUCAGGCUGGAACUUCCUUCUAGAACAACUAGAUGUAGAUGAGAAGUUGUAAAUUUACAUGAAAUUUUGAAUCUAGAAGUACUUGCGAUUGCGUUUCCAUCGCCAUCCGCAUUCUCCAUCUCCCAGGCAUGAAAUUUUGAAUCUAGAAGUACUCGCGAUUGCGAUUCCAUCCGCAUUCUCCAUCUUCCAGCAUUCUCCCAGCCACCUACACCUUCCUUUAAUAGGAAACAACAUCGAGUCUCGUUUUCGCGCCAAGGGUUCCAUUCCUCCGCUCGAGGUCGACGCUGGCUGGUUGGGCUUCACACUCAGCGACCUACUUUUACCUUCUGAUGUGCUUGUGUUGGAGGUCGAAAUUGGCGGAAGUACAAGUUUUAAGGGUAGGUUAAAGGUGCUUUUCUUACCCCUUUUUAUGCCUCUCCUAAGGGAGAAAGGCAUAACAAGCGGGGUAAGCGAGCACCAAAAACCUACCUCUAAAAGUUGUACCUCUCCGGUCUUGAAUUGCGCAGAUGCUCUUUGGUACGCAGAAUCGGGCCUGAGGGUUGCGAUAGGACAAGAAAUGCGACGACAGGGGAUCAUGCGAGGGUGUGAAAAUUCGCAUAUUCAAGAUUCUGUUCUCGACGAACUGUUCGAAAGAUGUGUUGCUACCUCAAGCGCGAUCGAGGACACUGGUGGAAAUAAACAAGGCAAGAACUCGUCAAAGGGGGCAGGCAAAAAAUCCUCCUCAAAAAGCCAAAACAAAAAUGGAAAGACUAGUACCUCUAGGAGCGCGAGGCGUUCACCUGCAGUACUAGCUGUAGCUGACGAAUUGUGGCCGAGCAUGCUGAACAACUCGCGUAGCCCUGUCAACUCCUCCAACUUCAGAUCCAUCACCAUAAUCCUGCAAACCGUGCAGAGCCGUGUAAGUUGGGCCGGGCGUUGUCAUUUGCGCGUAUCCUUGCCUUUAAUGUCGCAUCAUGCCGCGAUCGCCUUGUUGAACGCCUGGCAUCAAGACGGUUUGCUAUUGCCGAAAGUGCUUAGCAUGUUGGAGUUGGAGAUGACCUAGUGGUCCUCGUGAACACGGCCACGCUUACAAUUAAUGUUCUUGUGUAGCAUACAAGUUGUAAAUGUUCUUGAUCAUGAAGCUUUCUUUUUUACAAAAAUUAAUUUAAUAUCGAGCCCUUCCUCGGAAGAGAAGCUUGGCAUUAAAUAGGCCCGUCGACAGUUUCGGAAUACUGAUCUGGGCAACAUUCCAUUCCGCAAAAAUUUAAUGAACAAGAAACAAGGACUUCGAGUGCGCGUCCCUUUGAUAAGAUGCAGCACGACUCUUCUCAU